AUGGGCGGCCGCCACAGCACUCCACGGCCACAGCAGCAGGUGGCCUUGACGUCAGAGGAUCUUUAUUUGGACGAGUCUGAAGUCGCCGCCGCGUCGCUGAAGGGCCUGGGCUUUGUGGACUGGGGAAAGCCGCAGGAAGGCCGCGAGGGCCGCCAGGAGGGAGAUCGCGCGGGGAUGACGAGGGAGAUCCCCACCGGCUGCCCCGAGGCUGACGUGGAUGGCUGGUGCGUGGUGGGCGACGAUGAUAACAUGUAAGCUUGCUUAAGUGGCCCCUGUUACUACUUGCAAUGGACACACACAUAUUGCACUCUGGCGCCUUCAUUCAUUCAGGCCCGCCACCGCCACCAUCGACGUGCAGCCAGCCGGAGGCAUCACCGCUCCCACGCCAGCAGCACCAAGUGUCGAGCCCAUCACCUCACCCGAGACCGACACACAGCAGCCGCCCCACCCUGAGGUCCCCUCGGCUGACGAGCAUGCCGCCGCCACAGAGGCGCCGCCAAGCGAAGAGCCGCAGGCCGGCCCAUCCCAGCAGCAGAAGGAGAAGAAAAAAAGUGGUGAAGAAGCCGGAGCGGGUGUGCAAUUUUGAGGGCCUGGCCCACCUCGUGGCCAAGUACAAGGAUGUGCCUUACUAGCCGCCGGCACCGCCCCCCCUGCCGCCCGCCAGCACCUGGAGAGUGCUCCCGGCGUACACCAAACGCAGGGGCAACGAGACGGUCAUCACGUUCCACAUCGUCCUGACGCCCGACGACAAGAGGGUGAGGCGUGUGGCCAUCAAGACGGCCCUGACCGAGAGGGCGGCAGAGGACCUCAAGAGGGAGCAGGUGUACCGCUGGUACAUCAACCGGGCCUGCAAGCAGGAGUGGCAGCGCGACGCCAUCCAGCAGGCCUACAAGGAGCAGUGGCCAGACCACUACAAGUACCCCCACGAGCGGACCGAGGAGGAGAACAAGCCAAGGAGUGAUCCGGAGAUCGCGCAGGUCAGAAAUGGAAGGUCGCACAAGUCGUGUCUCACUCAUGACUUUCCGUGCAUAUGUGUGUGUAUACUUUGCAGCGGUCCAUCCCUGCCUACUUUUUAUAUUUCGAAGAGCCUUUUUUGCGACUUCGAUCCCCGCCCUCAUACUUGCGGUGCACAAGAUGGCGGUGCCCGGGGAUGUAUGGGAGGCCAUAG